AUAGAUGUUAAAAACGCGGAGAAAACAAACCUAAUAAUAAGACAUCACCCAGACGGAGCGCAAAAUCUCCGACUAAUUUGCACCAAUUUGAGGUACAACUAAACGGAAGAGCAAACAUAAUUUUCCCUCCAGUCAUUCCAAGCCCAUGGGAUCGAUGAAAAAUUAGCAAACUCAGUACGCGUACGUACGGCGAGGUGUAAGCUCCGAUCGGUUAGCACAGACAUGACGGAUUCGCAGUCGACGGGUAGCUUUCCGAGGAAGUCCUCCCCAGAACUGGACGUGGUCGAGCAGGUGAACGGCAGCUUUGGCCGCUGGCAGUUGCGCACCAUCCUGCUGAUAUUCCUCUGCAAGAUUCCCAGCGCCUGGUUCACGGCCAUCAUUAUCUAUACGGCGCCGUAUCCCUGGAAGGGGGAACUCGUCUGUCACCCGGCCGAUUGGAAUGUUAGCCGGUCCCAGGCGGAGCAUGUUGAUCGGAACCAUCCCCUCUGGCAGGAUGCUCGCAGCACGGAUCGACUCUUUAAUGUGGACGUAUGCAAUGCCUAUUCAAAUUCCCUGGCCCGAGGAUUCGUGCGUAGUCAUGGUCAGGAGUGGAACGCCUCGGAGUCGAAGGAACCAGGUAGCCAGUCGUCGCUGCCCUGUGAGCACGUAGAGCACCGAACUGACUACAAGUCCCUGAUCAGUCAGUUCGAUCUAAUCUGCUCCCGUCGCGUUCUUGUGGCUCUGACGCAAUCUUUUCACGCACUUGGUGCCCUGAUUGGCGGACUCAUGGCCUACUCCGCGCUCAAGAAAAUCAGUCCGCGUCGCUUGAUGUUGCUGGGCAUGAUUGGACAGAUAUUUUGUGGUAAUCUCACCGGCUUGGUGGACACCUAUCAGUUGCACAUCUACUUCCGCUGUCUCACUUCCAUAUUUUGUGCUCUCAUGUACACUUCCGGGCAAUUUAUAUUGAACGACAUCACAUCGGGUAAAGCUCGCAUCAUAGUGGUCACCUUAUCGGAGCUCUUCUGGUCUAUGGGUCUCGUCCUGCUGCCCGCCAUAUCGAUAUAUUUCGACAACUGGAGCUACCUGUAUGUGGCCAUCUCGUCCUCCCUCAUUGUGCUGGUAUGGCUGCAUCGUUGGAUAGCUGAUGCUCCUCGCUGGCUGCUCCAACAUCAGCGGGUGGAGGCUGCGCUGCGUCAGCUGCUGGAAUCAGCCACAUACAAUAACCGGAAGGUUCCACUUACCCUCGAUGUGCAGCUCACGAUGUACGCCAAUGACCUGGACCAGAAAUCCAAACAGAAGCACAGCUACUGCCAAGUUUGGGAUGGCGAGACGAAGCGUAGCCAGCUCGUUUACAUCCACCUGAUCUGGGGUGGUGCUAUGGUGCUGUACAACAUCAUUCUGCUGAUGAUUCGAAACCUGGGCGCCCAACAAGUGCAUGUGAACACAGCGGCCAUGGGAUUUGCUGAGAUGGUGGGCCUUUUUGUGGGUCUCUACCUGAUCCUGUACACGCGUCGUCAUUGGCGAUGGGCAGGAAAUCUGAUGAUUAUAGCUGGUCUCAGCACCUAUCUGAUCUGGUUGCUGCCCGAAACUGAACGCAAUUCGCGUCGCGUGGGACUGGAACUGGUGUUUUGGCUUAUAUUGAAGAUAGCCAACUCCGCCUCGAUUGCAGUGCUGACCACCUGCACCAGUGAGAUUGUGUCCAAGGAAAAGCGUGUGGUCCUUAUGCUUUCCGUGAUCUCAUUUAGCCGCGUGUGCCUGCUCUUCUGCCCGUUUCUGAGUUGUCUCACUGUCAUCCACCACCUGGUCCCCAUCACCAUUCUAGCCACCAUGGGCUGGAUUUACGGCUUGGCCCUGCGCCGCCUGAACCGCUACUACUGGAACACGGAGCAGCCCCAGAUCAGCCAGGUGCCCACGCCCAACACCUAUCGGCGACAGUCGGCCAUCAUCCUGCGCCGCUGCAGCACUGUGAGUUCGGAUUGCAGUGCCUACAGCAAUGAGCUUCUCAGCAACUUCGAGCGGAACAUGGCAGUUAGCAUAGCCGAUAUUUGGCACAUUAAUUUCCAUCCCUCCAGCGAGAUCGAGAUGGAAGUGGAUCAGAGUGGUCCGGAAGCUCACAGAGCGCACAGCUCGGAAACCAUUUGAAGAGCUUUUGCGGAGCCCGAAAGUAGGCUUUGAUCGAUCUUAAGAUAUUAAGUGAUUUGUAUAAAGUGUACACUCAACUAUUCGGUGAUUUUUAAAAUAAAUGUUAUAUUAUGUAUAA